UAAUCUUUUCGGUAUAUGUCUUUGACUUAGACUCACUCUACCACACGCUCACAUGCACACAUACACAUUAAUGGCUUCUCUCUAAAAUCUCAGCUUUGCUCUUAGACCUUUUUCUCAGUUCAAAAAUUCUUUGCAAUACACGAUACGUGCUCACCUCCACUCGGCGAUGGCCGUACUACUACGCCACCGCCUAUCUACAGUACUCACUGCCUUCACUUUUCUGCUUUUCUUCUCUUCUUCAGCUACAACUCUCUCUGUACUCGGGAAUGGUUUCCAAAAGAGAGAGGAAGGAGAAAAAGGACGAGGAUUAAAGGCGUUUGACAGAGUUUUGACUCAGAAACGACUCAGUGGACCGGGUUCUUCACCGCCCACGUGUAGAUCCAAGUGUGGCAGGUGUUUGCCAUGUAAACCGGUACAUGUACCGAUUCAACCCGGUUUGAGUAUGCCGUUAGAGUAUUACCCAGAGGCUUGGAGAUGCAAGUGCGGCAAUAAGCUGUUUAUGCCUUAGAAAAAAAAUUGGAAAAAAAAGAAAGAGAGAGAAAAGGAGAGACAAAGGCAAAUUACAGUGAAAAAAGAGCUCUCUUUUUUAUGUUACUAUUUAGGUAACUAUUGGUGGGCAAUGGAGGUGGUGCAUUUCUAUGUCCUUACUGCUUACAAUAUGAUGAUUUUGCCACUGGACAAGGAGCUUUGGGAAUGUAAGUUGUAGAGGUGAGAUUACCAAGAGAGAUCUCUUCCUCUUUCUCCCUUUAUUUCUCUCCUGCUAUAUCUCUCUCUUGUUAAUGAUCUUUCUUUCUUUCUCUUUUUCUUUUCUUUUUUUUCUUGCAUUGAUGCAAAUUUAUUAUGAGAUAAAUUGGAAGUAAAAGAUGUAAAUUAAGAUGAGUUUCUUAAUAUAAGAACAGAAGCUGUCAAGUUGCAAUCUUUCAUCAUCAAUUGAACCCUCUUGUUUUGUUUUUA